AUGAUAACAAGUCGGCAUCCUGCUGAAUGGUGUGGCUGUCUUUGGCCGGCAGCCGUGUCUUUGGGUGGCAGCGGGUGGUGGUGGCAGCGCGUGGUGCUGGGCGUGUGGAUGCUGAUGACCAUGGUGCUGACGCGCAGCUAUGAGGGCAACCUUAUGUCGCUGCUGGCUGUGAGACACCUGCCCCAGCCCUACCAGACCCUCAGGGACGUGGUGGAUGAUCCCUCGGUGGUCAUGGUCUGGUAUAAACAAGGUGCCACCAUGCAAGCGGUUAUGGAUUCCACCUCUGGAAUCUUGCACGAGGUGAAGGAGAGUGAGAAACAAGGGCGCCUUAAGUUUUUGCAUCCAGUGGAGUACGACAGCAUCCUGAAUGAUAUUAUAGACCACAAGAAAGUGAUAAUUGACUACGACACAAUAAUAACGGUCCUGAGAAUCAACCACUUCUCUCGUACAGGGCGGUGUGACUUCUACAUGGGAUCUGAGAGUAUAAUGGCUCACCCUUUUGCUCUGAUCAGUCAGAAGGACAGUCCCCUCAUCCCAGCGAUCAACAUGCGGAUAAUGUCCAUGAUAGAAGCUGGACUUUACAACUAUUGGAGACUGGACGCUGCUCAAAACUCCAGUUCAUGUGAGCGAGAGCCAACCAAGAUCACCGUCAGCUCGUCCCUUUCACUCAGGCAGUGCUGGGCCAUGAUGGUAGUGCUAACGGUUGGCCUGAACGUCGGUUUGGUAAUGCUCUGCCUGGAAGUGGUACUCGCUGCAGUAUUGCCUCGCUAACUCCUUUAAAUCUGAGCCUCAGCCUACAUGGACGACUCGAGUGUGCGUGUUGAAAAUAAUGUUAUUGCUAUGAAUGUUAUUUCUUAUGAAAAUAAACAAUUGACUGAU